CUUCUUAACCUCUUAACUUAGAUUGACUACAGAGGACACUAAUCCUGCCAGAUAUCAUUAGCCCUGAGUUCAAUAACAUCUUGCAUACAUACAAGCAGAGGACCAGCCGCAAACACCUUUACUAAGCUCAGGGCAUAAUGACUGACGGUCCCAAGCCCGCAGGAAAGGAGAGGGGGUCCAUUAAAUGCAUUAUCAUUCAUUUAGAAGGACUAGCUGAUAUUUGUAUACUAGCGACCGCCAUUCUAACGUUGGUAUUCCUUGUUCAGAUAAUAGUCUGGGCUGCUUUAAGACCAUCUUUAGAAAUGCCUCAAGAAAGCUUAACAUGCAUUCCUUGCGCCACAAUGAAGUCCUCUGCUAACACAAACCUAGGGCCAGAAGCUGCUGGUCGUUCUGCUAUCAAACAAAGAGACGAUGGGAUGUGUUGCGGACCUGUUAAAAGCAUUGCUCCGAUAUUUUUGCAAACGGAAAUGACAGCUCAGUAUUACUACGGCAGUUCAGGUCAAAGUCUCAUUGACAUAGCAGAAGAGUAUGCUGCCUGUGAGAGAGUUACAAACGACAAGCAACCCAUUGCUAAAGCAGUUGGAAUUGUGGAGUUCAAACCCAGCUACAUUGUAGAUGGUCAUCACAAGGUCCUGUGGAACAAAAACGGUCGAACCUUUUACACAAAACACUGUGUCCACUUGGAACUCGAAGGUGAAAUAUUUGUACGACAGCCUGGCUACUACAUCGUUUCUUCGCAGCUGAAUCUUCGGCAACAAAAUGAGACUCGUCCACCGAAAAAUGAAACCAGAGAAAAGACUUUCAUUCAUCAUGUUGAUCUACUUUCCCACAAAUAUGGAACGACUGGUGUCCUGAUGCAAACCAAAAAAUCAAUUGAAGUAAAUGAUUGUUAUUUAACAAGUUUCCUGUCAGCGGUUUUCAAGCUGAACAAAAAUGACCGGCUCUCUGUGUCUGUUUCAAAUCCUGAAUUGUUAGACAUUGAUAAUUGCAAUGAUCAUUUUCUGGUUUAUUACACUUAUGAUUUGCCAUUCUAAAAAAUGAUUCAAUUACGUUUGAUUUAAAGAUUGACAUUGAUUAGCAGUAUCCAUUUUUAGCUGCAACUCAACGCUCCCAUAAUAAUAAAAUCAAUAAUUAUAAUAACAAUAAUGCUACAGCGAGUACUAACCAUUCUUGAACAAGAAAAACUGAAUCUUAUCGUGUUUCGUUUAAGUUAUAAACUAGUAAGUCAUUAGGUGUAUUUUAUAGCUUGGAAAGCUAUUUAAAUCAGUGCUAUCAUGAAUAAAGAAUGAAAUACAAUUUCAGAAUUUUUUUGACAAAUAGGUUGCGUUUUUUUAAAGUUAGUUGGUAUGUUCGACAGUAGAGUCAAUUGAUUUACAUUUCGUCAAUAUUCAUACAAAUAUAUAAACAUAUCCCAUUGCCGUAUUUUAAGUUACUCAAUAUUCAUACAAAUACAUACACAUAUCCCAUUGCCGUAUUUUAAGUUACUCAAUAUUCAUACAAAUACAUAAGCAUAUCCCAUUGCCGUAUUUUAAGUUACUCAAUAUUCAUACAAAUACAUAAACAUAUCCCAUUGCCGUAUUUUAAGUUACUCAAUAUUCAUACAAAUACAUAAGCAUAUCCCAUUGCCGUAUAUUAAGUUACUCAAUAUUCAUACAUAUACAUAAACAUAACCCAUUGCCGUAUUUUAAGUUACUCAAUAUUCAUACAAAUACAUAAACAUAUCCCAUUGCCGUAUUUUAAGUUACUCAAUAUUCCAACAUAUACAUAAACAUACCCCAUUGCCGUAUUUUAAGUUACUCAGUAUUCAUACAAAUACAUAAACAUAUCCCAUUGCCGUAUUUUAAGUUACUCAAUAUUCAUACAAAUACAUAAACAUAUCCCAUUGCCGUAUUUUAAGUUACUCAAUAAUCAUACAAAUACAUAAACAUAUCCCAUUGCCGUAUUUU